CUGGUAUCCCGCUGCAGGACACGCCUCUGAGCUGAAUGGGGUCCGCCGUGCGUAAAGUCCGACCUGCCGCGGACCCAAACUUCUACAUGUCGCCAAAAAGUUUUUAAACUGCGUUUUCACUCGAUACCACUGGCUGCUUUUAUUUAUUUUGGAGGGACUACAUGCAGCGAUGACUCGCGAGGAGGAUCUCAUCCAGAUUGCAAAAAAACUGGACAAGAUGGUGUCUAGAAAUAACACGGAGGGCGCCAUGGACCUGCUGAAGGAACUCAAGAGUUUCAAUAUGACCCUCAAACUCCUCCAGGAAACAAGGAUCGGCAUGUCUGUGAACGGUAUCAGGAAGCACUGCACAGAUGAAGAAGUGAUCGCCCUGGCAAAGGUUCUCAUUAAAGACUGGAAGAGGCUUCUAGAUUCUGGCCAUUCUCACUCUGAGAAAGCAGCUGAAAUGAAGAACGGUUUGGACGCCGACAAGACUGUGCCGUCUCCCAGCAGCUCGCCCUCGGAGACACACAGCAGGAAGGACUCUCCCGACCUGAAACACGGCCAGCCUGCGAAACGUCACUCAACCGACUCCAAGCCUGAAAGACGGGAAUCCACUGACGCAAAGACGUGCAGCUCGCCGCCUGCGAAGAAGCUGGCUGGUGAAAGGAGAGAGUCUCACUCCUCCAAGCCUGCUCAGCCCGGACCUCCGCAGAGGAAACCCUCCACUGACGGCAUCGACAGAAAAGCCAAAACCGAGGCUCCUAAGACUCCCACCACACCGACCAGCCCCCUGUCCCCCGGGUUCAGCUCUGCCGGGGGGCCGCUGUCCCCUCACCUGGCCACCGGGGACUCCGUCAGGGACAAAUGCAUUGAGAUGCUGGCGGCUGCCCUGCGGACAGACAAUGAUUAUAAAGAUUUUGGAGCCAACUGCGAUGGCAUGGCAGCUGAGAUUGAAGAUCAUAUCUACCAGGAGAUCAAGGCCACCGAUAUGAAGUACAAGAACAGAGUGCGGAGCCGCAUCAGCAACCUGAAGGACCCCAAGAACCCGGGACUCCGGAGGAACGUCCUGGCAGGAAGCAUCGAGCUGAAGCGCAUCGCCACCAUGUCUGCCGAGGAAAUGGCGAGCGACGAGCUGAAGCAGCUGAGGAACGUUCUCACUCAGGAGGCCAUCAGGGAGCACCAGAUGGCCAAAACCGGAGGAACCACCACCGACCUGCUGCAGUGCGGCAAGUGCAAGAAGAAGAACUGCACCUACAACCAGGUGCAGACGCGCAGCGCCGAUGAGCCGAUGACCACGUUUGUUUUGUGCAACGAGUGCGGCAACCGCUGGAAGUUCUGCUGAUGCCUUCGUGGUGAAAAAAAACCUUUUAUUUUUCUGAACAAAUUGGCGUGCCUUGUUUUCUAUACUGCGGGGGAGGGGAUAUGAUAAAUUAUUGUAGCCAGUGAUUUAAAGAAAUGAUGGUUGUUCUUACAAUUUUUACUUGAAAUUUUGAAUUUUUUUUCUAGUGUAUGUUUCAUAAUCAGGUUUUUUGCUUUGUGUAGAUUUGACUGAGCUUGAGUGUCAGUUUGAUGACUGAGUCAUUGAAUCAACCCCGUAGUAACUCAUCUGUAAUGAUCAUGGUGCUGUCACAGUAAAGAGACUCAUAAUCCAUUCAGCCCAAUACGUCACGGUGCAGCUUCUCACUUUGUAUAUAUCUGAUUCUAAUAAAACUGCUCAAAUUGC